AUAACCUACAUCUAUAUGAAUUUUUUUUAUUUAUCUCAUAGGUUAACAAAUUGUUACGAAAUAUUAGUAUAUAAAAAUGUCCUUGCUGUCGAGAAAAGCUUUAUUUCAAACAGUUUCCUGCAUGAAACAGUUCAAACGUUUCAGAGGUAAAAUAAAUAUUCAAAAACCGAAACCGCCUCAUUUCGAACGAGCUACUUUCCUGGCUUUGGCCAAGCCUUACUAUAUAAAUCCAAAUAAGGGCAAACUGAAGGUGGAACUAUGUGAAGGCGUUGAUGCAACUAAAAGCAAAGAUGUCGAUAAUCCUUUCCAGCGUAUAAUAGCCCAGGAAUUAUAUCGAUGGUUUACAUCCUCUAGAUUAGUUGUAUUCUAUCAUUUAAAUCCUAUGAGUUCAGAAGAUCAGUUUAAGGCUUAUGCUUUAUUUAAGAAACAAAAAAUGCAUUUCAAGCAGUAUGGUAAGAAGACUCUAGAAGUGGCAGUUAAAGGGACACCAUAUGAAGUCGUUUUAGAUUUUUAUGUCUCGCAGAAUAUGACUGUGUUUAGUCCAGAGCCAGAUAUUAAGAAGAUGCUAAAUAUUACGAAGAAGUUUCCUCAACUAAUACUAUUAGCCGGAAUUUAUGAGGGGAGGUUUGUAAGUAAAGACGAAUUAACGGGGUACAGCUUAAUCCCUAAUUUACAAGCCGCUCAAGCUGGUUUCGUUCAGACCCUUAACAGUAUUGGUGGACAAUUAGUAACUCAGUUAAAUAGUCAUCAAACGACAUUAGUGGCACAUCUAGAAGAGAGAACAAGGCAACUCGAAGAAAAGCAUUAAAAAAAAAGUUAAAAUGUGUUAAAUUAUUGUUUAAAUUUAUGUAUGUAAUACAUCUCAAAUCUUUUA